AUGCCCCCUAGAGACUUCCUGCUCACUGCCUCUGAAAUUAAGGACCAAAUGGACAAACAGCAAUGGCACAGCACUCUGCAUGAGUCACUGAGGCCAAGGUCCCUCCUUGCUAAGUCUCCGGUUCCCCUCCAGAAUCAUCUGCCCUUGCCCAGUUCUAACAGUACUGACCAGUCAACCUCUGUUUCACAGACUUGUGUUAUUGACCCCAUUGUUCUUCCCUCAUCUGUCACAGCCGUGCAUUCCGGCCCGUUCCCCGCCCGUCCCAAUGCUGCCCGAGCCUGUUACCGCUAUGCGAGCGCUCCCCUACACUUGGCCGACUCCCCCACUGCUGCACCAACCUCCCCACCCUGA